CGCGGCGCUCGCAGCCGGAGGCGGCGGCUGAGGCGGAGGCUGUGAGGCGGCUGCGGCCCGCGCUCCGCGCUCCUGCUCCGGGGCUCGUCAGCCGAGGCCGCUCCCGGGGCUCGAAGAUGCCGGCCGUGUCCAAGGGGGACGGGAUGCGCGGCCUGGCGGUCUUCAUCUCCGACAUCCGCAACUGCAAAAGUAAAGAAGCAGAAAUAAAGAGGAUAAACAAGGAACUGGCAAAUAUUAGAUCAAAAUUUAAAGGCGACAAGGCUCUUGAUGGCUAUAGUAAAAAAAAAUAUGUCUGCAAGUUGCUCUUCAUCUUCCUCCUUGGUCAUGACAUUGACUUCGGACACAUGGAGGCUGUGAACUUGCUGAGUUCAAACCGAUACACGGAGAAGCAGAUUGGCUACCUUUUCAUCUCGGUGCUGGUGAACUCCAACAGCGAGCUGAUCCGCCUGAUCAACAACGCCAUCAGGAACGACUUGGCCAGCCGCAACCCCACAUUCAUGGGCCUGGCCCUGCACUGCAUUGCCAACGUGGGCAGCCGCGAGAUGGCCGAAGCCUUCGCCGGGGAGAUCCCCAAAAUCCUCGUGGCGGGGGACACCAUGGACAGCGUGAAGCAAAGUGCUGCCCUGUGCCUGCUGCGCCUGUACAGAACGUCUCCUGACCUCGUCCCCAUGGGUGACUGGACGUCCCGAGUGGUGCACCUCCUCAACGACCAGCAUUUGGGUGUGGUGACCGCCGCCACAAGUCUGAUCACCACUUUAGCACAAAAGAACCCAGAGGAGUUUAAAACCUCUGUCUCGCUGGCGGUCUCCAGAUUAAGCAGAAUUGUGACAUCUGCAUCAACUGAUCUGCAGGAUUACACGUACUACUUUGUCCCAGCUCCCUGGCUGUCAGUCAAGCUUCUGCGGUUGCUACAGUGCUACCCGCCCCCAGAAGACCCUGCAGUUCGAGGCCGCCUGACAGAGUGCCUGGAGACCAUUCUGAACAAAGCCCAGGAGCCACCCAAGUCAAAGAAAGUCCAACAUUCGAAUGCAAAGAAUGCCGUGCUCUUCGAGGCGAUCAGCUUAAUCAUUCACCACGAUAGUGAGCCAAACCUACUUGUCCGCGCCUGUAACCAGCUGGGCCAGUUCCUGCAGCACCGUGAGACCAACCUGCGCUACCUGGCCCUGGAGAGCAUGUGCACACUGGCUAGCUCUGAGUUCUCCCAUGAGGCAGUCAAAACACACAUUGAGACCGUUAUCAAUGCUCUGAAGACGGAGCGGGACGUGAGUGUGCGGCAGCGGGCAGUGGACCUCCUUUACGCCAUGUGUGACCGCAGCAGCGCCCAGCAGAUUGUGGCUGAGAUGCUGAGCUACCUGGAGACGGCUGACUACUCCAUCCGAGAGGAGAUUGUGCUGAAGGUCGCCAUCCUGGCCGAGAAGUACGCAGUGGACUACACCUGGUACGUGGACACCAUCUUGAACCUGAUCCGCAUUGCUGGCGAUUAUGUUAGCGAGGAGGUGUGGUACCGUGUCAUCCAGAUUGUCAUAAACCGGGAUGAUGUGCAGGGCUACGCUGCCAAGACGGUGUUUGAGGCUCUUCAGGCCCCAGCAUGCCACGAGAACCUGGUCAAAGUGGGAGGCUACAUCCUAGGGGAGUUUGGAAACUUGAUAGCCGGGGACCCACGGUCCAGCCCUCUGAUCCAGUUCAACCUGCUGCACUCCAAGUUCCACCUGUGCAGCGUCCCCACGCGCGCACUGCUGCUGUCUGCCUACAUCAAGUUCGUGAACCUCUUCCCAGAGGUGAAGACCACCAUUCAAGAUGUGCUGCGCAGUGACAGCCAGCUGCGGAAUGCGGACGUGGAGCUGCAGCAGCGGGCAGUGGAGUACCUGCGGCUCAGCACCGUGGCCAGCACUGACAUCCUGGCAACCGUCCUGGAGGAGAUGCCCCCAUUCCCAGAGCGUGAGUCCUCCAUCUUGGCAAAGCUCAAGAAGAAGAAGGGCCCGAGCACGGUGACCGACCUGGAGGAGACCAAGCGGGAGAGGAGUGUUGACGUGAAUGGGGGCCCUGAGCCCACCCCCGCCAGUGCCAGUGCCGUGUCUACGCCUUCUCCGUCGGCAGACCUGCUGGGUCUGGGGUCUGCUCCCCCUGCCCCCACGGGCCCCCCACCCUCCUCUGGCGGCGGGCUGCUCGUGGACGUGUUCUCAGACUCGGCUUCUGCAGUUGCACCUCUUGCUCCUGGCUCCGAAGACAACUUUGCCAGGUUCGUUUGUAAAAAUAACGGUGUGUUGUUUGAAAACCAGCUGCUUCAAAUUGGACUUAAGUCUGAAUUUCGGCAGAAUUUAGGUCGGAUGUUUAUAUUUUAUGGUAACAAGACCUCCACACAGUUCUUGAGUUUUACUCCGACACUAAUCUGUUCAGAUGACCUGCAGUCUGAUCUGAACCUGCAGACCAAGCCAGUGGACCCCACUGUGGACGGGGGCGCGCAGGUGCAGCAGGUGGUCAACAUAGAGUGUGUGUCCGACUUCACAGAGGCACCAGUCCUCAACAUUCAGUUUAGGUAUGGGGGCACCUUUCAGAAUGUGUCCGUUAAGCUGCCCAUCACACUGAACAAGUUUUUCCAGCCCACAGAAAUGGCUUCUCAGGAUUUCUUUCAGCGCUGGAAGCAGUUGAGCAAUCCACAACAAGAAGUACAGAACAUUUUCAAAGCAAAGCAUCCAAUGGACACGGAAAUUACUAAAGCAAAGAUUAUUGGAUUUGGUUCUGCACUCCUUGAAGAAGUUGAUCCUAAUCCUGCAAAUUUUGUGGGAGCUGGUAUCAUACAUACCAAAACCACCCAGAUUGGUUGCUUACUACGUUUGGAGCCAAAUCUACAAGCCCAGAUGUACCGACUCACACUGCGAACAAGCAAAGAAGCCGUCUCGCAGAGGCUGUGUGAGCUGCUGUCAGAGCAGUUUUAAUCAAUGCAGGUGGAAGGUCAGGCCACGCAUUUGUGCGUUUUCUUCAUCUCUGCUGUUUGUCUUCAUUACCACACUGCAAAUAAAUACCCCAUCUGAGUACUGCGGUUCGAGGCACCUCCCAAUCCUGCUUUUCCAGAGCCUGUCCCUUUUGGGUGUGGCUAGGAACAUAAAUAUGUGGUUUAAGAAGAGAAGCUGAGCCUGACCACAGUGGGCCUGCUGAGUCAGAGGAGGGGUGUGGGUCCUGGGAUCACUUUCCAUAGAAAUCAAGACAGUUCUGUGGUUAAAUCUACAAAUUAAAGGGAAAUUAGAAGUUUGGAUGAAAAUGGAAAAUUUUUUGAAAUUUUAUUGGAAUGCUGCUGCUCUGUGGCUAAUCUUCGUCUCUGGUUCACUGAGAGCAGCAGCACUGUGGUGCUUGUGGUGAGGCUGACCCGUGGCUGAGGUGUGCACCCUCAGAGGUGCCGUGCCCCAGCACAAUCCCUGGGCCCCUGGGAGGAAGAGCACAGUGUCCACGGUGUCCAUGUGGGUUUGCAGCAGCACCUAUAGGACAGUUUUCUUGGGGCAGGAUUUUAAAUCUAGAAGUUAGAAACAUUUGUCUUUAAGACUCUAUUGGCAAAACCACGUGUCUCGGCUAGAUUGAAUUGUUUCCCUUUUCCCAGCACCAGUGUUCUUAAAGGGAUAUUUGUGAUGUUUUUACCGUUUUUUUGAGACCUUAAAUUUACAGUUUGGUGGGCAGAGGUUCCUGGCGGCCCUGGAGGGCGUGCACUUUGCUCACCCUCCAGCUCCAAGUGAGUGCACCGUCCCACGGUGGGCCUGAGGACAUGGAGGGUUCACUUGUGGCGACGGAGCAGGACUCUGGAGGGCAUGCUUGUCUCCCCCCGUUCAGUGGCUUCCCCUGUCAGUGCAGUUAUCCUGGGUCAGGGGUGAGGCUGAGUGCUGUGGGCCUGCACCUGUCCAGUCGCUGCUGGAGGUAGGGGUGGAGGAGGGCAGCCUCUUUGUGUUUGGUCAGGAAAUGAAGAUGCCAGGGUGGCGAGGAUAUGCUGGAGCCACGUGCUGCUCCGGUUGGCUCAGCUCCUGUGUUGUCCCUCUGUCCAUACCUGGGCCGCAUGUCUGGCAUCUCAAGCAGAGGACAGUGGAGUGGGGCCAAGAGGCCCAGGGAACCCAGGCUGGGGCCUUCUACUCCGUACCUGAGAUGAGGCUCUGGGAUUGGCGCAGACACACAGCUGUUGUCAGCACCUGAGAUGUAGGAAGAGCACAGGCCCCGUCAUCAACUCCCUGUCUUCCAGAGUCGCUGCUGCCCAGCUGCAGCAGGGGAUCCGCCCACACGAGGGCCUUCACUUCAGCCUCAGGCCAUCGGCUGCUGCAGAGCGUCUGCUGCAGAGUGGGUGCUGCUGAGGGGAGCUGCAGGGAAUCGCGUCCCACUCGAGGUCCCUACAGCCCCCACUCUGUAAUCUGCGCAGUCUGCGUGGCUCGCAUUCCACCAUAUUGGACUCUGAUCUGAGGGUGGCGGCAUCAGAGUCACUGGCACCUCCCGUCUGUGUCCUGUGGAGCCCAUGGUUUGUGGCUGUGCCCAUAUCGCAACUCCCUGGCUGCAGCACCAGGCUUGCACUACAGAUGGAUGGCCUGGCCGUGCACCCGGGAGGUGCUCCUCGUCCUCUGGUUCAAGCCUGCUGGACAGUGUUGCUGUCCUGUGUGUGGACUGCCAGGCCAUGUGGCAUUUGCUCAUAGCCACGUGCAGGUCGGUGGCAGAGUUCUUCUGUGUCAGUUAACUCCCUCCCCUGAGCAGAGGAGAGGCUGCUCCAUCUGGAGGACAUGUCUCUCGGUACACUGUGCUCCUUUUCAAAGAAAAAUAAAUGCUAGAACAGUG